GCCCAGUAGGGGGCGGAGUCGAGCCGGCUGAGCAGCGGAAGAGGCAGUGCGGCCAUGCAACACCCCGCUGAGUGGGGCAUGCCUGACCCUAAGCGAAACCGAAACCCUGGCUCUGGUGACCUGACCUCCCCGGGGCUGGAUGUGGGGAAGGGAGAGGUGGCCAUGAACGGCAGGGCCCGCAAAGAGGCAGUGCUGGCCGCGGCCCGUGAGCUCCUCAAGUUCGUGAACCGGAGUCCCUCUCCUUUCCACGCUGUGGCUGAGUGCCGAAACCGCCUCCUCCAGGCUGGCUUCCGCGAACUCAAGGAGACAGAGAGCUGGGAUAUCAAGCCUGAGAGCAAGUAUUUCCUGACCAGGAACUCCUCUACCAUCAUUGCUUUUGCUGUAGGGGGCCAGUAUGUUCCUGGCAAUGGCUUCAGCCUCAUUGGGGCCCACACAGACAGUCCCUGCCUCCGGGUGAAACGCCGGUCUCGCCGGAGCCAGGCGGGCUUCCAUCAGGUUGGGGUAGAGACCUAUGGCGGUGGGAUCUGGAACACCUGGUUUGAUCGAGACCUGACCUUGGCUGGACGUGUCAUUAUCAAGUGCCCCUCCUCAGGUCGGCUGGAGCAGCGGCUGGUGCAUGUGGACCGGCCUAUCCUGCGCAUCCCGCACCUAGCCAUCCAUCUGCAGCGAGAUAUCAAUGAGAACUUUGGGCCCAACACGGAGACGCACCUAGUCCCCAUUCUUGCCACAGCAAUCCAGGAGGAGCUGGAGAAGAGGGCUCCUGAGCCAGAGCCUCUCAAUACAGCUACAUCCUCUGCCCUGCAGGAUGAGCGGCACCACUCGGUCCUCACGUCCCUGCUCUGUGCCCAGCUGGGAUUAAGCCCUGAAGACAUCUUGGAGAUGGAGCUGUGCCUGGCAGACACCCAGCCGGCGGUACUGGGUGGAGCCUAUGAUGAGUUCAUCUUCGCCCCGAGGCUGGACAAUCUGCACAGCUGCUUCUGUGCCCUGCAGGCCUUGAUCGAUUCCUGCGCAGCACCUGCCUCUCUGGCCAUGGAGCCUCAUGUGCGCAUGAUCACGCUCUAUGACCACGAGGAGGUGGGCUCUGAGAGUGCCCAGGGAGCGCAGUCUCUGCUGACAGAGCUGGUGCUGCGGCGGAUCUCAGCCUCGUCCCAGCACCUGACGGCCUUCGAGGAGGCCGUACCCAAGUCCUACAUGAUCAGCGCAGACAUGGCCCAUGCCGUGCACCCCAACUUCCUGGACAAGCACGAGGAGAACCACCGGCCCUUAUUCCACAAGGGCCCUGUGAUCAAGGUGAACAGCAAGCAGCGCUACGCAUCCAAUGCCGUCUCAGAGGCCCUGAUCCGAGAGGUGGCCAGCAAUGUUGGGGUGCCCCUGCAGGACCUCAUGGUCCGGAAUGACUCUCCCUGUGGCAGCACCAUUGGCCCGAUCUUGGCUUCUCGACUGGGGCUGCGGGUGCUGGAUUUAGGCAGCCCGCAACUGGCCAUGCACUCCAUCCGGGAGACAGCCUGCACCACAGGGGUGCUCCAGACCCUCACCCUCUUCAAGGGCUUCUUUGAGCUGUUGCCCUCUCUGAGCAGUAACCUCUUUGUGGAUUGAGGACCCUUGGCAAGACUUUUCUUCCACCUCUUUGCACUUGAGAGGAGAGCUGAAGCUCCUCAGCUGAGCUGAAGCUGGAUUAUUAAAGUGGAUUUUUCACUCAAA